AUGUUUCAGAUCCAUUUUGGACGUGUUUUUAUGAAGCCCGGAUUGCCGACGACUUUUGCGACGGGGGAAUUUAAUGGCCAGAAAAAGUUAGUAUUCGCACUGCCGGGAAACCCAGUCUCCUCCUGGGUGUGCGCCCAACUUUUCGCCGUCCCAGCAGUCCGGAAGCUACGCGGCGAAACACGAUUCCGUCAUACCAAAAUGGCCGUAAAAUUAGCCGAUACCGUAAAGCUGGAUCCGCGUCCGGAAUUCCGGAGGGCAUUCAUCGAACGGAAUGAGGAUGGGACUGGACUGCCUCUAGCCACCACUACCGGAAAUCAAAUUUCGAGCCGUUUGGUUAGCCUGAGGGGAGCCCAACUGCUACUAGAAUUGCCCGGAAAAACCGACGGCUUAACCGAAAUCUCGGCCGGAUCGAUCGUUGAGGGCCUCGUCAUUGGCAGACUA